UUGCUGUUCAAGCUCCCAACCUAUUCCCAGCACUCUCUCCGGUCUCUCCCACGCCGUCAUCAAACUCGGCAGCUAUACCCAGUUCAGCAGCAAGCCACUGACCUCGGUGCUGUCUGUCAGCUGUCAGCUGUCAGCUGCCUCCAGUACACCACGGCAUCAACCACUGCUCGUUGCUCUACACUGCAAUGACGCGCCAAGCGUAAUCACCAAGGACUACACAAACCUCUUUCCCACAUCUCCUCCUCGCCUCCUCCCUCUACUCCCACAUCAUCAUCAUCAUCAUCAUCGCCUACUAUAAUCCUUAUCACCCAAACCCAUUCCUCCUUGUUUCCCACGCCGCAAGCACCGCAACCGCAACCGCCGCCGCCAUUCCCCUCCCCCCCUUCCUCUAUUCCUUCAACUCUCUUAUCCCCAACCCCUCAACUCAUCUCUCUUUCUCCUUCCUCACUCUUUACCACUCUCUCUUCCAUUCACCAUGGCCAAUAGUCCCAUGUCAAGUCCUCCGGCCCCAGGCAGCUCGCCAUCUUCCGCCCCCACCGAGCUUCCCACCCGCUAUCCCGUCGUCGCCCCUCCCAUACCCCUCAUGGACGGCCUCGAGCUCCAGCCUCCACUCACCCAUCGCGGAACAGGACCAGGUGUCAUUGUCGUCCCACCUCCGCGCCUCAGCAUGCGGCCCCAUAAAACACUCGGACUCAAGACCCCGCUAGACCCAGAGCCCGUCAAGAAGUGGGCUGAGGAAGGUUUCGCCGUCGUCGGCACCCGCAUCAACGGCGGUACGGACGUGAGCGAAGCACUAACCACGGCCAUCUCUGCACUCGAGAGCGCUGCAUUCGUUGAGAACAAGGGCGGCUAUGCUGUGUUGGUGUACGACCCUUCCGCCCUGCCCUCCAUCUUGGCUGGCUCGGCAUCCAUGCCACGCAUUGUCGCAGUCGUGUCCCACGGCGCCGCAAUGUUCAGCGACGACCUCCCUAUGCUUGUCCAUGUUCCCGAGCGCAUUGUGCACGAUGCCGGUCGCGACCCUCCCCCAAAUUGCCGCGUGCACGAGUACGACGUCGACUCGCCAUACUUUGUCGUGCCCUCUUCUGGGCCCAAGGCAUAUUCGCCACCCAAUGCUGCUCUAGCGCAUUCACGCACCCUCGUGUUUCUGCGCGAGCAGCUUGGAGGGCCGUAUUUCGAUCUCGAGGCCAUUUGGGACGAGCACACGCACUACGAGUUUAUCGACCGCUCCGUUGAGAAGACCAUGCUGACCAUGGUUGACGAGCCUUAUGUCAACCACGUGCCGACAAUGACGGGCGGUGUGGGGCGCGAGCAGCUUACCGAGUUCUACCGAGACCACUUCAUCUUCAGCAACCCAGAGGAUGCGGACCUGCUGGUUGUGUCGCGCACGGUUGGCGCGGACAGAGUCGUCGACGAGUUCAUCUAUAGCUGCACGCACAGCCGCGUCAUCGACUGGCUUCUUCCAGGUGUACCGGCGACGGGGAACAAAAUCGAACUGCCGAUGAUGGCGGUAGUCAACAUUCGUGGCGACCGGUUGUAUCACGAGCACAUCUGGUGGUAAGAGGGCGGGAAGGUUGCCCGCUGACAACAGGGACCAGGCGAGUGCGCUCCAGCAGGUUGGCUUCCUCCCGGAGAGUGUGCCGACGCCGCAAGGCCGUCUUCGUCUCCCGGUUGCCGGAUAUCAGUCGGCCAAGAUGCUGGCGGAUGAGACGACGGGCGAUGCCAACUUU